AUGUAUCUCUCCGUGGCAGCUCUCCUGGCACUCUUCGCCACCGCCGGUGCGGUACCAGUCGACACUGAAACAACCCUCCACUCCAUCUUGAACUCGACGCUGUCAACCAACAGCACUCGAGCACAGAACAACACCAACUUCUUGAGCCUGAGCACUCGUAGUCUCAAUGACACCUCUGCGUCGAACCACACGACAUUCUUGCUGAACAUUACGAACAACAACUAA